AUGAAACCAGAAACUUUAGUUAUGAAAAUAAUAGAAGCUAUGGAAACGAAUUCGCCGACUCUAAUAACUUACAACGGUAAAAAAGUGCAUAUAACCCAAAAGAUUAUCGAUAAAUACAAACAUUGCAAAGUCAGAGACGAUAUAGACUUGGAAAGAAUUGAUGAGAAUUUAACUAAAAAAGGUGGAUUUUUACCUUUCUUACCUUUAAUCUUUGCUGGUUUAGCUGCAGCUGGUGCAACUGCUGGUGGAGCUGCUGGGAUAGCCAAAGCUGUCAACGAUAAGAAAGCUGAAGCCGCUGCAAACGCCGAAGCACAUAGACACAAUUUGGCAAUGGAAAGAGAAGCACGAGGAGGUUCGGGAGUAGGAGAUAUAUUAGGGACGGUUAAAGAAUUCGGACAAAGAUUUGGCGAAGAAACCAAGAAAACCGUUAAAGAGGGGUUAAGCAAAUUAAUAGAUAAAAUCGACACCGGAGAAAUGAAGGUCAAACACAAGGGCGACGCCAUAUUUUUUAAAAACAUACGUUCGGGCGAGGGAAUCUUCCUUUCAAAGUAUAAAGGCAACGGGGUGAUUUUUGGUACGAAAAUGUAA